UAUUUUAUCAAAACGCGGGUCAAUUAUUAAAAUCUAAAAUGUCAAUGAAUGACAUAAUAAGUGGUUAUUUAGAUGUAAAAAUAUCGUCAAAAUCUAGACGAGGUCUCACGCCGUGGAAAGCAUGGCAAAAGCAGUGGUGUGAGAUUAGACGUUUGGACACAAUUGAAAAUGGUGUUGAGUUAAAAUUAAAGUCUGACAAAGAAGGCUCGGUUCUAAAUUGUGUAAUUUUACCAAGAUCUUCUACAAUUUGCAGGACAGAAUCUCGAACAAAACAGUAUUCUUUUGGAGUAUUUAAUUUGGGAAGAACUAAGAAACCAAUUAUGUUUAUGUCGGGCUCCUCAGAAAGUGAUUCACAGGAAUGGAUGUCUUCAAUUAGAAGGAUGCUCAGUAUCGCAUCAUAUAUACCCGUUGGCGAUUCAAAUUUUCGAGUAUCUUUGAUUGACAACAAUCAUUCGAGAAUGGCUGGACUUAUUGGUUUAUUUGGAGUUCUGGGCGUGAACACCCAAGGAGUAAUGGUUAGCGAUCCUUGUACAGGUGAAUUAAAAGUUAGAUGGAAAUGGUUUCAGUUCCAUCAAUUCCACCUUCAAGCCCCUGUUCAACCAGUUGAUGAUAAAAAAAUUAUUGUAAUGCAUUCAAGUGGAGAAUUUCCUUCUGGUCCUGGACAUCUGUACUUAUAUUGCAAGGAAGGACCGAAACUUCUUCACCACUUGAUUGCUAGAGGCAAACUUUCAAAAAAAUUACCAGGUAUUAUUGCAUCAAAAAGACUGAGUCGCAGCGAAAGCGACCUUUACUGUCCUAAACUUAAUUCUUGCGGUCCUGAUAGUCCGUUGUGUUUUCGAAGUCAAACUGGCAGCGAAGAUUCCGGAGUGAGAGUGUCUGAAUCAUCUGAUGACUCGGGAUAUGCUUUAAGCAACUCAAAGAACAUUCCAUGUGCGCAAAAUAUUGGAAUGGCACUCAUUACAAAAACCCCAGGAGGUAGUGAGACAGAGGAUUCAUCAAGGGAGCUGACAGAUAUUGAUGAGGAAGCUAGGUGUUUGUUGCCGAGAAAUAAAUCAGGAAUAUCCCUAGCAUCCGGUAUAUAUGAAGAAAUCCCCGACGAACCAAAAAAGUCACCAAAAAACAAAGACACCAAAUAUACAAGUCACAUUUAUGAAAACCCACUAGAAGUAAUACUUGAUAUUAAAAGCAGCGAAUAUUUUAAGCCACCACCUUUACCACCAAGAAGAUUAGAAUUUUCACCUGACACGGAGGAAAAGCAGCAUUCCACCUUUUUCAAUUCAGUGAUAUUCUCUCCAUUUAAACACCGGUGCAACACACUACCGGCAAAAGACUUGUCGAAAAUAUCGCAAAUAUUCAAUGCAGAUUCCGAAUACGUGGUGAUGAGUCCAAGUAAGACUUUGGAGAAACCCAGAAAACAGUCCAUCACAGAGAAUAUGUACAUGCCAAUGUCACCGGUUAUCAAUUUAAAGAAUAAGCUUGUCGAGAGCUAUUACAUAAGUAUGAACGGCAAAAGGACUUAAGCCUUUUGAAAAGUGCUUUGUUUUUUGAUGUAUCAUUGUUAUAGUAAGUUGUUUCCUCUGAAAUUAACAUAUCUACAUAUAGAGACAUAACGGGGCUUGUGUUAUAAAUAUUUAAUGUUGUGAUAUUACAUUUUGCAAAAUUUAACAAUUGGUAUUACCCAUACGGGAACAAUUUUAAAUGUGCCUCUUAAAAUUUUCAAUUUCGAAAUUUAGAUUGGAAUUUUCCAUACAACAUUAAACUAAAAGCACAAAUUGCUCGAGCACGACGAAAUGAAAAUAAUUUGUUGGAAAAAUAAAAUUUUCCUUUUUAAAAAUAUACAGUAUGCCUCUGAACUAUAUCAAAAUUAGGUGGUUGAAGUAAGCUUACUUGUAUCCAACGUUGUUGCGUUUAGGGGGUGCGAAAUUUGUCAAAAUAAAAAUAUUUUUUUUUACAAAUAACUUUAAAAUGAUCUAUCUGUAUUAUUUAAAUGAAAUUUAGUAAGCUAAUACUUGUUGCUGGUGUCACUUUACGACAAGGCAACUAAAGUAAUUUUUUAGGUAUACAGGGUGCAGCGCCAAAAUCCGGACAAAUUAAACAUUUUUUUCCAUAUUUUUUAUUGCAGAAACGAAAAGGUUUACAAUUUUUUUUUACAAAAUUGUAGGAUCAUUCAGAACAUAUUUAUUCAAUAUAACCCUCACUUGCUUGAAUAACUCCAAACUCAGUCUGAAGCGUUUGCAAGCACACUCUAAUGCUUCACAAUUCAUAUCGGCGAAUGCCGCUUCAAUAGCGGCUUUUUAUGAUGCGACGUUUGGAAUGUCUGGACCUGGUGACCCUUUCAACUUCAUAUACUUCUUCAUAUACAGAAGUCCAAAGGAUUUAUAUCUGGGCUGCUGGGAGCGGGCGCACGGUCCCUACGUCAUCACUACGUUUGCUACAUGAACAGUUGCUGGAAAUUUCGUUCUGCAAUGGGGACAUCUUCAGGGUCGUGCACGAGCCAGCGGUCAUUCCUUCGAUUAAUUUUUGCAUCGACAAAAAAUGUUUAUGUAGAAAGAACCUGAUUCUUCCAACAGCACUGUUUCUUAAGGAACACAAAAGCAGGUUGCAGCAUUCAACUCGCUUUGUCCUGGCGGCUGCGGAAAGCAUCUGUAUCACUUCCUCCUCGACGAUUCAACACAUCGUUUUUUCACUCACACUGACAACUGAAGACAAUUUUCGGAUCGACUACCCUGAAUCCUCAAGAAUCUGCUCCUGAGCCCGUUGAAUGACGUCUGGCGCUUGACGUGUUCUUUCAACUGAGUUUUCCAAGCCGGUGUCGCAGAACCUUCGUUGGACGGAUACCUGAAGAACCCGCGAACACUUUCGACAAUCGCAGCUCUUCCGUUAUACUCUACACUAGGUUUCAACAUUGAGACUAUUUUGAGGUUAUGACUGUUUAGUACAUGCUUCACGUUAUUUUGAUGCAAAUCGCGACCUCUACAUGUGAUAUAGAAUGGCGGGAAUUUCAAAUUGAAUUUUGUCCGGAUUUUGGCGCCACACCCUGUAGAUAUACAUAGAGGGUUUUUUCUGCUAAGAGUUUUGUCACAAUUAAUUAUCGACAUACUUAUUUAAAAGAGAAUAAUGCUCUAUGAAAUUCAGAUACUUUUUGUAUUUGAAUGCUGUUUCAUGAAAAUCGUUAGAAAUUUAACUCUAAAAGCACUAUCAAAAGGCCUUAUAUAAGUAAGUGAGUAUUUUUCCUAUAUCUGUAAACACUGUUACUUUGAUUACUAUUUCAAAACGUCACAUCAAUACACAAGUGUUACUAUACCAAAUUUCAUUUAAAUCAAAAAACGCAUUUUGAAGUUGUUUGGAAAACACCUAGAAAUUUUUGAUGCCUUCAAAUAUGCGCUACUUCAAUUACACUGAACAUUGGGACACCCUGUAUUUCUCAAUUUUCAUUAAUAAAUUUUGUAAGAUGCGAUUUCAAGACUUUGCAAUUCAAACCCAUUAUUUUGGGGUAUAUCAUUAUUUGACAUAUCUCUUAAACGUGUCGGCUCAAAAUUAUUACCUUAAAAUCAAUUUAGUACAAAUACUACCAAUUAAAAACGUAAGCUUUCUGCUCAAGAACUGUCUAGUUGUAGCUUUUGUACAUUUUUACUGGCACUGAACUACCGGCGCCGUUUUAUGGCAUUGUCGAUGUGAGAAAGUGUGUGAUUGUAAAAGGGAUGAAUCAUAUCUUCGCUUCUUGCCUUUUUAUUGUUAAUGUUGUUGUUAAGAUAUUUUAUAUAUUUAAUCAUUUGAAGUUGCAUGUGUACAUGAAUUUGACGAUGUUCUAGGUUAAUUAUUUACAGUUUAUUUAUUUAUAGUUUAAACCGCUAGUAUCUUUGAGACGUUCCCUUAUCAUUUAUUUUAUAUGCUUCUUGACGCGAUAUACCGAAAUCGUAUACACUACAGUUAACGUAUCCCAUUGUUUUUUUUUUUUUGCGGGGAGGGAUGGUCAAAAUGGCUAUCUCUUUUUAUUUCGAAUUUUUCCGUUUAUUAUUCCCGAAAGCAUGUCAUUGUUUUCUUUAACCUUGUUUAAUUAAAUUCUUUAGAGAUGGGCACUUUUUGGAAAACUGAUUACUAUCAAUCGUUAACUUUGCCAAAAAUAAUAAAAUAUUGACAUAUAAAAGAAGUUAUAUUUUUAAAAUGCCAGUUUCAGUUAAACGAUUACCAACAAAAUUACAAGAAAAUGGCUAAAUAUCUUUAAUUUUACAUGUACCAACCUCAAAAAAUUUUUGCGGGAAUUAUGAAUGCAACAAAUAAUUCCGCGCAUGCGCAUACAACUUUUCAGUCUUGAAAAGUGUCCUCAGGACAUGUCCACUUUUCAAGACAUGUCCGCGGCACACUAAAAUUUUUAUUCAUCGAAAUAUAAAUAGUUAUGUAAUACUGUUAUACUGUUUCCUUAAAAAAAAAAUCAUAUUGGUAUAUGACAGUAUUGAUUCCCUUGUAACCAAAAAAAUUCUUAUCUACAUUUUCAGAUAAUUUUGAAUAUGCAGAUUGUUAAAAUAUGAAUGCUAAUUUAAUAAGAGUUAAUUGAAGAAAUCUGAAUAAAUAAAAAAAAAUUGUAACUUGUGAUUUUAAUAAACAAAUACAUACAUACACACUACAAUACAAUACAAUACUACAUAUUGUUUUCUCAAUAUAAUUAACUGCUCGAAAAUCCAAGAGAACUUUUUUCUAAAAAUAAAAUAUAUUGAAGCAGUGAAAUGUAGAGAAAAUGUACAGAACGUGUCAAAGGUGCUUACAAUCGGAACCUUAGAAACGGUAAGAGGUACAAAGUUAGUUAAAUUACAAAAAAGUUGCACAAGGAUAAAUGUUCUAGAAUGGUACACCUUUCUUCAAAUGCAGGGAUAUGAACUGUAUGAAAUAUCUAGAGCAAGGGUCGGCAAGUAAUUUUAGGUGGGGUCCGACACUUUUUAAAAUUUUUAAUGAGAUCCAGAAGAACAACUCAUAUUCCUAAUAAUUUUUUAUUUUAAUUUGCACUCACAAAUUUAAUCUGCCUACUAACCAUUAAGAACUGUCACACGAUUGUAAAAUGCUAGAAAAAAUGAUAAUCGUGGCACUCAAACGUA